CUCUCCAGUCUUAGGCUAGAUUCACAUCUGUGCAGGUGGUGCUGCUGCGGAUCCUCACGAAAAUCCGUGCAUCCGCACCACCCGCACAGAAAAAAGUGGACCCGCGGGCGGGUGCCAUUAGUUCUAUUGGCAUGCUGCCCGGACUGGAAAAUGCAACCGUACUGGGAACCGAGGUUCCCGUGUGAGCUGCGUUUUUGAAAGAAGUGCAGGGACUUCUUCUCUACGUGUCACGAGGCACGGGAGUCCAUUCAAAUGAAUGGACUCUCGUAGCCCAGGGGCGGACUGACCAUUUGGAAACUC